GUUGGACGACAGUAAAGCCUGGUCACCAUCGCCGGUGUGUUUGUGCUUCCUGACCAUCCCAUUUAACGUGUGGGGAAUCCUGCAGCACAUAGUCCACGACAACCAGCCGAGCUGCGGAGAACCGAUUAUCGUGGGCACCUUUAACGUUAAAGUUAUGGUGUUAACCCCGAGCCUGGUGCUCAGGCUGGAGGUCCAGCAAGCAGCAGCCACACCUGCCCCCGCGCUGCUGCUGCCCACCAUGGCCCAUGGGAGAGGUGCUCUGCGUUCAGGUGUAAGUUUGGGAGUCCUCCAGUACACUGUGGUCAGACCCGUAACCACGGUGAUAGCACUGAUCUGUCAGCUCUGUGGGGUUUACGAUGAAGCCAACUUCAGCUUCAGAAACGCCUGGUCCUACCUGGUCAUCAUCAACAACAUAUCACAACUGUUUGCCAUGUACUGUCUGGUGCUGCUGUACCGAUCUCUCAAAGAAGAGCUGACUCCCAUCAGACCUGUGGGCAAGUUUCUCUGUGUCAAACUGGUGGUGUUUGUCUCCUUCUGGCAGGCAGUUUUAAUAGCGUUCCUGGUGAAGGUCGGUGUGAUCUCUGACAAACAUACCUGGGACUGGGACAGUGUGGAGGCCGUGGCUACUGGACUGCAGGACUUCAUCAUCUGCAUAGAGAUGUUCCUGGCUGCCAUCGCUCACCACUACACCUUCACCUACAAACCAUACGUACAGGAGGCAGAGGAGGGGUCGUGCUUCGAUAGUUUUCUGGCCAUGUGGGAUUUCUCUGACAUCAGAGCUGAUGUCACUGAGCAGGUCCGCCAUGUUGGCCGUACAUUCCUGGGUCGUCCCAACAAGAUGUACUUCGGCACAGUAGCUCGACCCGAACACACCGAGCACACCGGCCUCCUCACAGCAACCUCCCAGGACCCCGUUGCCGUGGCAACCACAUCUAUGCCCUCCUCCCCAUCCUCGAGCGGUCUUUACCAAGGCCUCGGCCACACUCAUGCCCCGCACUCCAUCUCUGCGCCCGCCGGGUUCACGUCCUCGUCCUGGGACGACGACAGCGACCACACGCCUCCUGAGGCGGGUGACACCACUGGAAACACAUAGCCCGGGAUGGGAAUCUUUCUUUACGUCCUUUGCCCCCUCCCCCUCACUUGUUUUGAUGUGCGUCGUGGAUAUGGACAAACAAACUGUCAGAUUCUGUAAAGUCAGAAUAAAAAUUUGUCCAAAGUUCAUGGAAGGAUUUUAUCAGGAUUGAAGAAAUCAGAGAGGUCUGCACUCUGUGAUGUCAAAGCCAUGUUUAAUGAGAAACGUAUUUUUAAAAAUAAUUACCCAGUUUUAAAAGUUCUGUAUUUUGAUGUGUGAUGUCAUUUUGAUAAAUGUGUCUCGAACUGUCGAAAGGAUAUUUGGCGUUUUCAUCGAAAGAUGGAGCAGCUUGUUGGUUUUACACCUGCACGGUGCUGAAGUGUCCUUGGGGGUAGGUUUAACUGUUUGUUCUGAUACAUAAUAAACGGCCAUGUCAUAUCUAAUCACCAGAAACUGUGUUGUUGCUAUCAUCAUUCUCCAGUAACUCAAGCAAAGUCGAGUAAGACCACAGCAACAACCUCCAGCUUCUCUGCUUCAACUCUCUGAUGGACAAUAAAGGAAACUGCUGCC